GCCACCUCUUUCCUGUCUGUCUGUCUGUCUCCUUCCCUCCUUUUCUAAAGCAGCUCACCAGCAAACCAACAUGGCUCCAAAGAAGCCUGAACCUAAGAAGGUAGAACCUAAGAAGGAAGAACCCAAACCGGCACCUAAACCAGCAGAACCAGAACCCCCAAAAGAAGUUGAAUUUAACCCUGCUUCUGUCAAAGUUGAAUUCACCCCUGAUCAGAUCGAAGAAUUUAAGGAAGCAUUCUCACUCUUUGACCGGACUCCUAAAUCUGAGAUGAAAAUCACAUACGCACAAUGCGGAGAUGUCUUGAGAGCUUUGGGGCAGAAUCCCACCCAGGCUGAGGUCUUGAAAGUGCUUGGCAGGCCCAAACCAGAAGACAUGAACUCCAAGAUGAUUGACUUUGAGACCUUCUUGCCCAUGCUCCAGCAUAUUGCUAAGACAAAAGACACAGGCACCUAUGAGGACUUCGUGGAGGGUCUGCGUGUGUUUGACAAAGAGGGAAACGGUACAGUGAUGGGAGCUGAACUCCGCCACGUUUUGGCUACGCUGGGUGAGAGGUUGACUGAAGAGGAAGUUGAUAAGCUAAUGGCUGGUCAGGAAGAUGCCAAUGGCUGUAUCAACUAUGAAGCUUUUGUGAAGCAUAUCAUGGCUAACUGAAUGCCAGGACAAGAUAGGAGCUGAGAACCCCAGAUGCUGGCCUUGGAUUUCAAUGUAAUGGAAUGUCUUCUCAUUUUUCAGUCUGGAUUCUCAUUACAGAGCUACAAAAUAUGCUGUCCCUAAAGUUAUUUGGAUAAAUGUUUUUUUGUUUGCUUUAUCUUGUUUCUUCAUGGGAAAAGGGUUGCCUCUGUGGAGAUUCAAUACCCUUAGGAAACUGAAGAGACUGGAAUUUGAACUCUGAAUACCUGAGCAUUGUAAUUUAUUUCUGAUAUAGAAGAAAGAUUAACAGCAAUAGAAAAUUCUUAAGAGAGAGGAGAAAAAGGGAGUAAUUUUUUUCCUGACUAAAUAAAUAAAAAAAUUAGUUUGUCAUUUAGCCAUAUCCCUCCCAUAUUCCUUCAAAAAUAAAGGGACUUUUAUCUUUGUCUUGUAUUUGUAAAAAAAAAAAAAAAAGCUGAAAGAGAGUAAAGGAGAAAAGAAACUAAA